AUGGCCCUUCAAACAAUCUACCUCGCCACCGAUUCCUCCUCCGGCCAACAAGGCACAUACAUCGCCUUCUUCUCCGACAGCGACCCUUGCAAUGACGGCACCCGCUUCGGCUUCCUCCCCCAAGGCUUCAACAACUGCAACCAGAACCUCACCAUCUUGGGCCACCCGGACAUCACAUUCACGGGCUGCAAGCCCUACACCGGCUACCCUGGGUCGCUGCCGACGGGCGUGAGCGACGGUGGUACGCCGGCGCUGAAAUGUGUGCCUGCUACGAACCCACCGAGCGCGACCAGCGGGCCAAACUCCGAGUAUGGGGUGUAUGAGAUUUGUAAUACGAAUAAUGGGGGAUUUGUGGAUGUGAUUGAAUAUUGCUCUUAG